CCACUGAAUUCAGUUACGUAAGGUAAGCUGCUACUUAGCACCUGUUCUGAGUGUCUGACGGUGUAGAGGUCACGUGGAAGGAAGAAGAGCAUCAUGGUUUCCUUGAUCACAACUCUCGCUAGGAGGAGCAGAUACGUUCAACAAAACUUGACAACAUCCCUUGUGAUGGGUGCAGAAGUUCGUAAUGCUAACUCGAAGAGUGGAGCCAUGUCUGUCCACCUGGUACCUGAGAGCCGUUACUGUGACGUGCUGAACCAUAUCACCCCAAUCUUCCUACGUGAUGAGCCCCUGUCACAGUGCUUCCCGCCUUGCACUACAGGACAGCGGGAACGGGACUUCCGCGAGUAUGCGGAUAUGCAGUUGCGUAGUGGCUUGUGUGUCAUGGCCCUUGAAGGUUCCAGCGUCGUUGGUGCUUGCCUCAAUCGGCCAUUAACAAGAGAUCAGGUGAUGGGAUGUUCAUUGCCGUCAUCUGUUGGUCCAGCUGAAGAUCCCCUCAUUGCGAAUGUUGUGAGAAUGCUUAUAACAGUUCAUCGUCAACUGGAUCUUUUCGAAGCUCUUGGAGUUGACACAAUCUUCGAAGUUGGACUAGUGUCUGUGGAGCCUACACACACAGGGAGAGGUCUGGCUGUGCAGUUGAUUCGAGCGAGUCUAGAAGCGGCCGCGCAGCGUGGGUUCCGGGCAGCCAAAGCGGACUGCACGAGCUCUACAUCAGCGCGGAUUUGCGAGCGGGCAGGCAUGGCCACAGUCCACAAGUUGUUGUACGACGAGUACAAGUUGGACAACAAAGUGGUGUUUAAGGAUACAGCAACAAGGGGCCCUGCACUUACGGUGAUGGCUGCCGCACUACAAGACACAGAGCCAUAUGUUCUUCCCUUUCAAAUUAAGUCUAAAGUCUAAAUUCUUCAGAGUUCCGUGUUGGAGGUAAUGACUAUGCGCGCAGAUGGGUGAAGAUGUGAAGAGGGUGGAUGGGUGGAUGGGUGGGCUUUAUCAAUAUAUCAAUGGAAGUUCACGUUAGGCCAUUUGAACUUGAACUAUACAUGUAUAUAAAAGUAAGAGAAGUAAUUAAAUACGGUUAUCUAUA